GGCAUGGUGGAUGGAGACCUCCACUGGGUGACGGUGGGCGGCUGCGGCGUGUGGGGCAUCCGCGGGGAGCACGACAUCUACUUCCGCGUCGGCACGUUCAUGAACGAGGGCUCCCCCGGCACGGAGUGGCAGAAGGUGGACGGCGACAUGGGGUGGGUCUUCUCCGGCAACGGCAUCGUCUGGAGCAUCGACCACGACUACAAGGUCUACGUACGGACAGGCAUCGACGGAAGCCACCAAUGGGGUACAUCGUGGAAGGAGAUCACAGGAAAAACGAUGAAGUCUCUGUGUGUCAGCUCAUCCAGUAACCAGGUGUGGGCAGUGGACUCUGAGGGAGCGAUUCAGCGCAGGACAGGCAUCGGUGCUGGCAGCUUAGAAGGUACGGGCUGGGAGGCCGUGGGCGGCGGCGAUGCCGUGGAAGGCGGUUUCUCGUACGUGUCCAACGGGUACUCGGGCGUGUGGGCGAUCUCAGCCACCGGCAGCGUCUGGUACCGCGAGGGUACCUACGGGUCACUCGGCGCCGCGGUGGGCAGCGCCUGGGUCGAGGUGACCGGGGUCUACCUGGUGCAGAUCACCGUCGGGUACGACGUGAUUUGGGGAGUGAACAGCCAAGGCCAGAUCUUCGUCAGGAUCGGACUGUCUAUCGAGAAUCCACGAGGAGCACAGUGGGGAAUGAUCGAGGGAAGCCUGUCUCAGGUUUACGUCAGCUCAACUUCCAACCGUCUGUGGGGAUGUAACAGCAACGACAACAUCUGGCGACGUGAGGGCAUCUCAGCAGUAGGCGUCACUGCCGCUAAGUUCAGGUGGUUGAUUUCCUCUCCGGAAUGGGCUAUCGACUCAGCGGGCACUCCAUGGGUCCACGGCGGGGUCACGUAUGACGCUGCCAAGACGCUGGACAUGAAUCUCCAGACCUUCUGGAAUCCACAGGGUCUGGCUAAGGACUUCAACCAAUGGCACAUCAUCUUCAACUUCGGCAUGGCCUACACCAUCUCCAGGUUCUCCAUCAACAACUACGGCGACACCUCGCACGACAUCAAGGCAUUCAAGCUGCAGACGUCGGCCACAGCGGGGCCAGGGUACAACUGGGUGGACGUGCUGGUGGUGACGGACGCCGCCGCGGGGACCCACGAGACACAGCGCUUCCGCGGGUUCGCAGCGACCAGCCAGUACUGGCGACUGUACAUCACCGCAACGCACACCGGCUGGCAACCCUGGCUGAAGGAGGUCGGCUUCUACGGAAUGAUAGCAGGACGUUGCCCGGCCAGUUGGUCAUCCGCUGGAGCAUUGUGCUACCGUGCCUACGAUGAAACAGCCAACUGGCAUGAGGCAGAGCUCAAGUGCAGACAGGGGGGCGGCCGGCUGGCCAGCAUCAAACACCCCGCCUUCCAUUACUUUGUCGUCGCGAUGAAGAACGCAAUGGACGCCAACGGUGACUUCUGGAUCGGCCUGAACGAUGAAGUUUCAGAGGGAGUGUGGUCUUGGACGGACCAGUCGGGCGUCAGUCAGUACAGUGCCUGGGCCCAAGGCGAGCCUAACAACGUACAAAACGAGGACUGUGGACACUACAACAAGCACGGCAUUGCUGGCACACAUCAAGACCUCUGGAACGACAACAAAUGCGACCAGAGAUUCAAAUUCAUCUGUGAACGAGAUGUUCUUCGUCCUGGUGAGGUAGCCACAGAAGGUGUUCACGAGACUGCUGGUGGGGUAGAAGAAGUUGUCAUAAAUGAAGAAGUUGAAGGGCCUCCUGGUGGGGUAAUUACAGAGGUUCACGAGACACACGAGACUAUCGUCAUUCCUGGUAAGACACCUGUAUCUGUACAAUCACCUACAUGUUCGGCCAAGGCCAACGUCAUCUUGCUUGUGGACGGAUCCAAGAGCGUCAGGACGACCAACUUCCCUAACGUCAUCAAGUUCCUCCUGAAACUGGCGGCAGGAUUCGAAAUCGGUCCGAACGGUGCCAAAAUCGGAGUGUACCAAUUCGGCACGAACGUGCGAACGGAGUUUUCGAUUGGCCAGUACAACACUAGGGAGGAAAUUCUGAAUGCCAUAACUCGGAUCCAGUACAUGAACGAAUGGGGUACAUUUACCGGAAAGGCCCUGGACGAAGUGUACAAGAAAUUCCCUGCUGGAGACACCGCACAGAAGGUUGUCGUCAUCAUCACCGACGGAAAGGCAAUGGAUGACGAAGUCCUGGCGAAGGCAUCACAGGACAUAAAAGCAGACGGUGGAUUGGUCAGUGCUGUGGGAGUGGCACGCUUCAAGCUGAAGGAUCUAAGGAUUAUGGCAUCAAGUGACAGCUUGGUGUUCACUGCAACUGACUUUGACCAAAUGGACGCGAUCAGGGACGCAGUUCUGGAGGCCGUUUGUAAAGAUCAGAGUCGUCGCGACAUCGCGUGGGAGAUUGACUCCUACCUGCAGUUCCUGAAGGAGUCGGCAGUGGAGCUUGUGGACAACCUGGAGGCGGUGAAGGAGCGGCGCCUGGUGGGGCGGGACUUUGAAGAGGACGAGUACGUGGCCGCCCACCUGAGUCAGGCCCUGGACGCUCUGUUUGAGCUGGAGGGUCGGCUGGAGAAGCGGGGAGAGUACGAAGGCAGCUGGGCCAUGGACGAUCUGCGCAAAAUCGGCGAUCAGCUGGCCCACAUCCGGGACAUCGCCGUGCCUCUGGAACUCAAGGAAGUUCCCGAGUAUGAGGCCGAGGAGACCUUUAAUUAGUUGAUUGGUCCAUUGUUCGACCGGUCAGUAUAUAGUACGUUAAAGGCAUCCAAUGUGAUUUCAGAGCAGCAAAACU